AUGAGUUUACGACGAGUUGCGCCUCGUCAAAUACGAUCAAAUAUGGGUGGACCGGGAAGUGGAAUGAUACCAAAAGGAGUUGGUGCUCCCCCGCCACCUGGAAUGGAUCAUCGUCGUGGAAAAUUGAUGUGUAUCAAAGUUCGAAUGCUUGAUGAUUCUGUUGGUGUAUUUCAUUUAGGGCAUAAAGCACUUGGACAGGCAUUAUUCGAUGAAGUAUGUCGUCAUUUGAAUCUACUCGAAUGUGAUUAUUUCGGUCUUGAAUUUACCGACUGCUAUGGCAAUCGUUGUUGGUUAGAUAAAGAUAAACCUAUCUUACGACAAAUCACAACAACUCAUAGCGAUGCUCGUUUCUAUUUUAUCGUCAAAUUUUACACACCAAAUCCAGCUGAUCUUGUUGAAGAAUAUACGAGGUAUUUAUUUGCCCUACAAAUUAAACGUGAUCUUGCAAUGGGUGAACUAUUAUGUAAUGAAAAUACAGCUGCGCUUUUGGUUUCAUAUAUUGUCCAGUCGGAUUGUGGUGAUUUCGCAGCCGAAGACUAUCCCGACGAUAGUUAUUUGUCAAGUGCGCGCUUUAUACCUAAUCAAAAUACCGAAUUCCAGAGAAAAGUUAUGGAGAAUCAUAUGAAAUUGAUUGGCAUGAGUCCCGGUGAAAGUGACUUGACUCUUCUUGAAACAGCACGACGUUGUGACUACUAUGGCGUGAAGUUGCAUGCUGCUAAGGAUGUGGAAGGUACUGAAGUGAACCUAACAAUUGCUCAUAUGGGUAUUCGGGUGUUUCAUCAGUUUCAAUGUGUUUCGACAUUCUCUUGGGCUAAAAUCCGGAAAUUAUCAUUUAAACGUCGUAAACUGCUAAUAAAGUUGCAUCCGGAAAAUUAUCAGUACUAUAAAGAAACGAUUGAAUUUUUAUUUGAAACUAGAAAUGAGUGCAAAAAUUUCUGGAAGAAAUGCGUGGAGCAUCAUACAUUUUUCCGUUGUAUCGAAGUAUUGCCAGUGAAAAAAACACGUGAAGGUCGUUUCUUCAGUAAAGGUUCCGCUUUUAGGUAUCAAGGUAGGACUCAAAAGCAAUUAAUUGAUUAUACUCGAGAACAUAGGAAACGACGUGAACCAUUCACAAGGCCAAUUAAAUCAGGUCUUUCAUCCUCAUCAAAUGGUCGAUUUUCACGACCAGCUUUCUUUGAUAUGACUCAUCCUGCUUAUGCAACAGUUAGCGAACGUUCGGUGAAUUUGAUUGGUUCUGGAACAUUGCCUUCCAGAAAUGCACCAGUAUAUUGCAUGAAUGGAGAACGAUCAAUGAAUCGUGGUUCAUGUGUAAGUAACCAGAGUCAUAGCCGUGGUACAGGUCAGCAACUAAUGACAACAGGUACGAUGAGUUACUUUCCCGGUGAGAUAACUCUGAAAAACUAUAGUACCACUAUUGGUACUCGUAAUCAUCGCCAUCGAAAUUCGCAAAACUAUCCAAGUAAUAGUAGUGCUGCGGCUGUAAACAGUGAACGAAUGUGUUUGAGUGAUAUGGAAAGUAAUGAUUUAUGCUCAUUAGCUGGUGGUAGUAUCACAAAUUCACGCUACAGACAGCAACAACAUUCUGAAUUUAAACCUUUGAAACAAUCCACUGUUAAAUCUGUAAAAGCAGGAGCAGUAGCAGUGACGAGUAAGACUAAUAAUAUUGCUAAUGCAUCAGAUAAUGAUGCUAUCACAUCGGUAUCAUUGCCAAAUGUGCUCGGUGAUGAUGUACAAAUUGUUUGUCGUGAAUUUGAACUUAAAUGUGAAUGUCCACCUAAAUCAGCAUCUGGUGAUAAUUUUCUGGAACUACAUCAACCACCUCGUGAUUAUGAUAAUAUCAGUGAAGGCUCUUAUAAAUUAUCCGAUAAUGAGUUACGAUCAGCACAUUCCGAUAUUCAAGCUGUUCCAGUGAAUCCUGUUUAUGCUACCACUUUUACAGCAAAACGUGUUGGUAAUGUCAUUGUCAAGAAGGUUGUUUCAAAUACUCGUUCAACACCGAAUACCACCGAUGAUGAAGAUCCGCAUAGCGAAAGACGAUUAGGUAGUGGUGGAAGAAAAAUAGAAGCAGGACGUAAUCAACAAAAUAUUUCAGGACAGGUUUAUCGUCAGGAAUCAUCUAAAAGUAAUCAGGUUGAGAUUGAUGAUGCAGAUUCACAGCGACGAUUCUAUGCUGAAAGAAAGCAUUCAUCAUCCGCACCAGCCUCAUAUGCGGAAUAUCCGUUGCAUCAAAAAUUAAUACCUAUCGAGAUUGAUGGGCCAAAUGUUAAUUUGGAUGAACAUAGAAAGCUAAGUGGUAGGAAAGAAAUUAAUAGAGUUUCAAAGGUGCAUGGUAGCACUCCACCACAAAUUCCAGUUCGUGCACCUAUCACGAAAAUUGAAUCAGAUUGUUGGCACAUAACCAAUGAACCUCAACCAUCUGUUUCACGUACCAAAGAAUUGCAACCAAAGCAUUCGAAAAUUGUAUAUACAUCGAAAGGUACCAUUUUGCAAAAGCCAAAAAUAAUUCCAGAUGAGGAUGAUUUAAGUACCAGUGAGAACAUUUAUAGUAAUGUUAGCUUCAUCCAUGCAUCGGAUAGCGGUCAAAGCUAUAUGACAAUAGCUCAACCACAACAAGCUCCCAAAACUUACGGUGCAAUUGGACCUUUAUCGGGUAAAGUUAUAACUAAGGAUAAUCUAGUAAUCACUCCAGAAGGUUAUCGAGAACGAAAACCGAAACCGGUGGUACCUCCGAAGCCAAAAAAUUUUGUCUGCACUUCAGAAGCUGGUUUAAUUGAAUCGACUUCAGUUUCACGUGUACCGGAAAUAAAACCAAAUCAUCCGGUAGUAAAUCUUCAAAAAGAAACUUUUCCAUCUUGUACGACAUCAUCAGGCAUACGUGAACUGAAUCGUCCAACGUUGAUUUCGGUGCAAAGUGAGGAUUAUCCAGAAAUUCAGAAAUGUCAUCUCUUUAACAGCGAUAUUCCGUACGUACUUACAAUGCGUAAUAUAUCCACUGAAGCUGAAGGUUCAUUUUCAACUUUCAAAGAUAUUAGUACCAAAAGUACGGUUUCAGAGGUUUUAGCUAAUACUGUUGAGAGCAGUAGUCAACAUAGGUCACUGUCAGGUUCACGUAGUCCAGAUAGCUUGAGGAGAAGAAAAUCAUUAGAUUUGGUACCCAAAAAACGACUGCCUUCACCAGGUAAUUUCUCUUCGCAAGAUCAUUCUUUAUCACCUUCUACACCCGAAUCUGGAGAUGUGUUGGAAUAUUUGCUACGAAGACGAAAUGUUGAGAAGUCCGCAAUUGCAAAACGUGGUCGUCGCGGUGAUCCACGUCGACAAACUCAACCUGUUCGUUUUAAUAUUCCAUCAAAUGAGAAAACUGAAAGACAACAAAUUGGUGCAAUAUCACAGCCAAAUUUAAAUGAUAACGAUGAUGAGGUAAAAUGUGUGAUGGAGAAUGUUGAAAGAAUGACGAAAGAUUUGAAAGAAAAUGAACGAAUCUAUACAAAUCUAAAUGUUAAUUCUGAUUUUAAAAGAGAAAUGGAACGAUCUUCAGAAACUCAAAAGGAAAAAAAAGAACAAUCAGGAAGUAACGAGAUAACAACUAUCAUCGGAAAUGAAUUCACAGAUUCAGCUAAUACUGAUGAUUUCCCACCACCACCACCGCCACCUCCUCCUCCGCCAUCAUUACCGAUUGUUUUGAAGCAGUCAGUGCCAUCAGAACCAAUUACCGAAGCAUGCAUGCAAGAAAGUGUAGAAACAUUACCCUACGCAGAUGAAUCAACCUCUUCUCGAGCAUCUUGUGCUUCUAAAGAUGAAACUGUGGAUAAUAAAAUUUCAUCAGCAACAUCAUCAACACUUAGAACGCCUACCGGUGUCUUGUGGACUGAUUUUUAG